AUGAACUAUACAUUAAACGUUAGCUAUAUGCAUUACAAUCAAUUACGACAAUUUCUUAGUACUGAUAACGAUCAUAUGAAUCACUCGACUACUCUGAUAGAUACUGUUGUAUGUCAUGAUUCACCUGCUUGUUGGAAGUUACUUAAUCAUUGGAGUAAAACACUUACUGAUACCAAGCGGUUAAACACAUGGUUACCCUCGAUCAAGAGGCUUUUUAUAUCGAAUGCAAAUUAUUGCGAAUUUAUGUAUGUUGAACCAUUACUAGUACCUUUGGUUUCUGUCAACAACAUGUUACAACAUUUACAUUUGGUCUUUGAAAGACCUACUCAUUGGUAUCCUACAAUACUUUCUGCACUCAUCCGCCAUCGUAUAUCAACUGAUACAAUGAUAUUGGAAGUUGAAAAAGGGCAUGAAUACCGCCCUCACCCUCAGCUGGCAGGUUUACACCAGAUGGAACCACUGCAUUGGCCAAAUACAACUCGGUUAACAUUAAGUAUUCAACAAUCCAGCGAACUCAUUCUCCUGUUCAAACGUGAUGCUUUGCCCGCAAUUGAGCAUUUAAGUAUUACUAAUGAGGAUGUACGCACUGCUUUGCCAUCACGUAAAUAUUUGUUGGUGCCCAAUAUUCAUUUGUGCGAUUACAAUCUACGUGAAAUAGCUGAUGGCAGCCACUUGCGAUCUUUAAUUUUACGUUAUGUAACUCUUAGUGACACCAUUAUCUUACUUGAUUCAUUACUCAUGCCGGUGCUUGAAAAAUUGAUACUGAUUGAUCUGUAUGAUCAGACUAUACAUUCCGCUUUGUUAUUUCUUGCAGCAUUAGAUCGUGUGGCUAAAUUUCAAGAACUGUGCAAUUCUACUCAUUUAUCUUCUGUGAAAAAACUUCACUUUUCGUUGUGUUUUCCUCAAGAAAUGGAACAAGCGUGGCACAUGCAUUCAUUUAAUUAUAAUGUUCGAUGGCCUUUCGGCAAUCUUGUUUGCCGUUUAGACGAGAUUUCGAUUUUCAAUACUGGUACAUUCAGUUUUAUAUCGAAAACAUUCUUCGUCGUUUACACAUUCCCGAUCAACACAAUAUUGCAACAUAAACGAACCUUACAUAAUCAUCAUUUCGCGGCACAUGCGUCUGUUCCAAUCAUUGCAUCUCAACGACGAUCACUUGAAAUGACUUAUAAUCAAACCGAUGAACCUGUACAAUUAGUCAAAACUUUACAAAUAGUUGCAAACAAUCGAAUCAAGAAACUGGAAAUGACAUAUUCAGGUGGACAAAUAAGUUCACAAUUGGCAUCAACUUGCUGCCGUGACUGUAACUUGUUGCUUCAGCAUUUACGAUCUAUAUCUUUUGAUUUUACGUCAAAUUCAAUCGAAAGGACAAUUCGUACUGCUAUCGUGAAACAAAUACUUGACUAUGCACCAAAUUUAUCACAACUUACAGUCGAUUGGAAAGAUUUUCGUCAUUGUGAACGAACAUAUUUCAAUUUAAAAUAUGUAUGUCUCUUACUAGACCGAUGUAACCCAGAGCCUAAAUGCUAUUUUAAUAUUCAACGAUUAACUGAAUUAGCGCCUCAUUUGCGUUCUCUCGAAACAAGCAUUGCGAAUAUUGUGCUGAAUGAAAAUGCUGUUGAAGUUGUUUUGUUAAUCAUUAGACAUUUUGAUCAGCUGAUAUAUUUAACGCUGAAUAAAAAUGGUCUUUAUCCAGCUAAACAAGAAAUGAAAGAUCUGUUCAAAGAAAAAUUAUUAUUAAAUGGUCAUGACCAAUUAUUCGAUUGCAACAAUAUUCGAAUAAAAUUUUCUUUGUAUAAUGAACUAAGUAUUUGGCUUUAA